CGCAAAAGCAUCGCCGUCUUUUAUUAGACGCAGUGUGAACACUACAAGAAAAACAUCAAAUUUCUGCCGUGGCUGCCUGAGUAAAAGAAAAAAAAAAAAAACCUCUGAUUCUCCCUUUAUUUUCUGAAUUGCCCCAUCAAUCUCCUCUUUCUCGUAACCUUCUCUUCUCUCGUUCAUUCCUCUGGCCAUGAUUGGAAGCAAAGAUCGUGUUGCUGAAUCGGAGGGUGAGAACUCUAGGAGCAAGUUUUCAAGGCACUAUUUUGGGGCAAACAAGGAGUACCCAGAUGAGAAAGGUGUUUUAUUUCUGAGAGAUUCACAGAUGGGUGGUGGUGGAGGUGUUGAUGGGGUUCUUCGUCCAAAACCCACCGAGGUUGUUGUUGGAAGCUUGGGGUUCCAAGAGUUGACCCUCAGCUACCUUUGUGACAACCCAAAACUCAGUUUUUCUGAGAAAGAGAAUCCUGGUAAAAGCUUGCUGAGUUCCUUUGAGAGAAUAAGCCACAAAGGGAAAGAGGUUGUGGUUUGUGAGAACUCAAAUCAGGAUGGCAAAUGGGUGGAAAGAGAUUUCCUCAGCUUGAGUGAGCCAAGAGAGGAUUCUUCAAAGAGAUCCCUUGAGGAAGUUGUUGAGAGGGAGAGUAAUAAGGAAAAGAAGCAAAAACUGGAGACCCUCAAUCUCUCUCUUGCUUUGCCUGAUGUUUCACUUUCCCUCACUGCUUCAAACGCCUUGCAAAAUGGUGAUCAACUAGUUAGGAAUAAACCUUCUAGGCCAUCCGCUACUCACACUUCAUACUCCAAUGACUACACAGCAGCUUCUUUGUCUUACUCCUAUUCCCACCCAUUCUCUCACAACCCAAGCUGCUCACUUACCCGCAAUUCAACCGAUAAUUUUGAGUACUCGGUGAGCAAAGAUGACCAAAUUUGGAACUGUGGAGAGGGGACCAAUGGGUCUGUUCAUAGUAGGUUCAAGCCAAUAGGAGAUGGCGUUGCUUUGACCAGCCAUGGUGCUGGUAUUAGUUCCUUUAUGCAAGGUAAUAGUCAGUAUAAAACUACUAGUUCAGAUAACCAUUCUUUUUUCCCUUCGGAGUUGCCUGCCAGGCCAAGGCUUGAGGCUCACUCAGGGGACUCAAGGGGUAGGAACUCUGAUAACCUGAGAAUCUUGGAUGGCUUGGAUGAUGGGAAGGUAAGGAAGCAUUCCAGGCCAGAGAGAAUUAUUAGGGAGAUUGUUUCAGAGUCUAUCACUGUCAUGGCAUUGACAAUUCAGGAGCUUACCGAUGAUGUCAUAGCAUCAAGUAAGGAAUACUUAAAGAAUCUCAUUGAGAAGCCUGACAAGAAAGAGGAACUGGUAAGCCUCCAAAACCGGCUUGAUAGAAGAUCUGACCUAACAAAGGAGAGUCUUUCAAAGUGCCACAAAGCACAGUUAGAGAUUUUAGUGGCUCUCAAGAUGGGGCUUUCUAGCUUCCUUUCUAGCAAAGUUCAGUUGUCUGAGAUGGUAGAGAUUUUCUUGUAUAAGAGAUGUAGGAAUGUAACCUGCAUGAGUUUGCUUCCUGUUGAUGAUUGUGACUGCAAGAUUUGCUCAGUAAAUAAGGGCUUUUGUAGUUCUUGCAUGUGUCCUGUAUGUUUGAACUUUGAUUGUGCAAAUAGCACUUGUAGUUGGAUAGGAUGUGAUGUUUGUUCUCAUUGGUGCCAUGCUACCUGUGGCAUUCAGAGAAAUCUUAUCAAGCCUGGACCUAGCUUGAAGGGUCCUUCUGGGACCUCAGAGGUGCAGUUUCAUUGUCUCGGAUGUGGACAUGCCUCGGAAAUGUUUGGUUUUGUAAAAGACGUGUUUCUGUAUUGUGCAAAGGAUUGGGGUCUUGAAACCUUGAUGAAAGAGCUUGACUGUGUAAGGAGGAUCUUCAGGGCAAGUGAAGAUCGCAAAGGGAAGGAAUUGCAUGUUAAAACUGAUGACUUGCUAUUAAAGCUUCAAACUAAAUUGGUAUCUCCUUCGGAAGCUUGCAAUUACAUCGUACAAUUUUUCAACUACGCAGACAGCAUGUCAGAUUUUCCUGCUUCUGGUGGUAUUUCUUCAAAGGAUUUGGCAGCCUCUCAAACUAACCUUACAAAGGGUAUACCAUCUCUUUCAAAACCUAACCCUCUAUUACCAAAUUAUGGUUAUGAGAUGGGCUAUUCUAGGUCACAUCCUGAUGCCAUGUCAAGUGAAGUACUUCAGAAAGACCUCAAAGCUUCCAUGUUGAGUGAACUGAAAAAUGAGGCUGAUUUCCAUUUGGGGGCUUUAUUAAGAAAAGGUGGACUUGAAAGUUUGGGGAGCAUUGUGAGGAUAAAGGAGGCAGAAGCCAGAAUGUUCCAAACCAAGGCAGAUGAAGCAAGAAGAGAGGCAGAAGGGUUCCAGAGGAUGAUCAGGACGAAGACUGCCCAGAUGGAAGAAGAAUAUGCUGAAAAGCUUUCCAAACUCUGCUUGCACGAGACUGAGGAAACACAGAGGAAGAAAAUGGAUGAACUCAAAGUCUUGGAAAAUUCCUAUUUUGAUUACUAUAAAAUGAAAAAGAGAAUGCAAGAAGAGAUUGAUGGUUUGUUGCGGAGAAUGGAGGCAACAAAGCAGCAAUGGGUUUAGUUUAUACCCUUUUUGUUGUUUUUUCUUGCUCAGAAUUCUGCUCAAAUGUGUGUAAUUUAUUGAUAUUCUCUGUCUUGGUAUUCUGGUUGUUCCCAGAAUCAAUGGCUUUCAAUUGAUAAAUUCAAGUUUUUGGUGUUUAA